CAAAGAGUUAGACUAAAGUGGGUUAUAAAAGGCACAAGCUACACUUGUACAGCCUAUUGUGUAAAGCAAACAAAAUGAAGUGGCUCAUUGCUCUCUGUCUACUAAUCGCCCUUGCAGAGUGCCUUCACAAGGUGCCUCUGAUUAAAGACAAAUCAAUCCGCGAUGUCCUAGAAGAACGAGGGCUACUAGAAGAUUAUGUAAGCAAAUAUCCGGUCAGCCCAAGUGACGAAGAUGCUGAGCUGGCGACCACAUCUAACGAGCCCCUGAAGAACUACUUUGAUAUAUCCUACUUUGGAGUCAUAUCAAUUGGAACUCCACCACAGUCUUUCAAAGUUGUCUUUGACACUGGAUCUGCAAAUCUCUGGGUGCCUUCUACAUACUGUAACACUAAUGCCUGCACCAACCACAAAAGGUUUAACCCAAACCUGUCAUCAACCUUCCGGGCCAGCUCUACUGGCAUUUCUAUCUUAUAUGGAACUGGCAGUAUGACAGGACUUCUCGGAUAUGAUACAGUAUCUGUUGCUGAAAUUGAAGUUACCAACCAGAUGUUUGCCAUGAGUGAGACUGAACCUGGUAUCUUCCUCUACUAUGCAUCCUUUGAUGGAAUCCUUGGCCUAUCGUAUCCUUCUCUGGCGAUUGGUGGAGCAACUCCGGUGUUUGACAACAUGAUGUCGGAGAAUUUGGUGACAGAGGAUGUCUUCUCUUUCUACCUCAGCUCUAACGGUCAGACUGGCAGCGUUGUAACUUUUGGAGGAACUGAUCCAUCUUACUACACUGGCCAAAUCAACUGGGUUCCUGUAACAUCUCAGACAUACUGGGAAAUCACCAUGACAAACAUUAAAAUUAAUGGCUCUCCAGUUGCUUGCACCUCUGGAUGCAAGGCUAUUGUGGAUACAGGCACGUCUAAUAUUGUGGGACCCAACACAGACAUCAACAGCAUUAACGCAGCAAUCGGAACCAGUCCAGGCAACUUUGGGCAGGCUAUGGUGAAUUGCAACAAUAUACAAAGCCUGCCCAAUGUUGUCAUCACCCUCAAUGGAUAUGAGUUUUCUCUGCCACCAUCUGCCUACAUUUCCCAGAAGAGUUCUGGCUGUUCUACUGGUUUUGGACUGAAUGGAAAGGACCAGUUGUGGAUUUUGGGGGAUGUGUUCAUCAGAGAAUGGUACUCUAUCUUCGACAGAGCUAACAACAGAGUUGGUUUUGCAAAGUACCUACAAUAUGUGGUUUUACCCUCCAGGACAACCUAUUAUGUGGUUGAGCGCAUUUUCAGCAGCAUAAAAAGCUUGGAAAUACAGGAUGACCUUGGAAUAGAACCGCUGCUGCUCCACACUGAUAGCAGCUACUGGUCACUAACCAGCUUGGAGUUCAGUGGAAGAGGUUCGCCUAGCUCUGGGACCAAAAUGAAGUGGACUAUUGUUCUGUUGGCCAUCUUUGGGCUUUCAGAAUGCUUGCACAAGAUCCCCUUGUACAAGGGCAAAUCUGCCAGAGAGGCUCUCAAAGAGAAAGGCUUACUUGAAGAGUUCAUGGAGAUGCAUCCUUACAACCCCUCCAUCAAAUUCAACUCUGCAUUGGCCCAGAUUGCUAACGAGCCUCUCACCAAUGACUAUGAUCUCUCCUACUAUGGGAUCAUCUCAAUUGGAACUCCACCCCAGUCCUUCAAGGUCAUCUUUGAUACUGGCUCCUCCAACCUCUGGGUGCCUUCAAUCUAUUGCAGCAGCUAUGCCUGCAGUAAUAAACCCUUAAAUCAUUCCCUUUGUCUUAAAUUUAACCCGACUAAGUCAUCCACAUACAGGGCCUCCUCCCAGACCAUCUCUGUUCAGUAUGGCACCGGUGCAAUGAGUGGAAUCCUUGGAUACGACACAGUCACUGUGGGUAGCAUUGUGGACACCAACCAAAUCUUUGGCCUUAGUAAGAAUGAACCUGGAAGCUUCCUCUAUUAUGUGGAAUUUGAUGGGAUCCUUGGGCUUGCCUACCCCUCAAUCUCUGCUUCUGGUGCAACUCCAGUCUUUGACAACAUGAUGAGUGAGGGUCUUGUCAGUCAGGACCUUUUCUCUUUCUACUUGAGCAGGAAUGGUCAGGAAGGCAGUGUGGUGACCUUUGGUGGAGUUGAUCCUGCCUACUACACUGGCAGCAUCCACUGGAUUCCUCUGAGUUCAGAGACCUACUGGCAAAUCACUGUGCAGAAUGUCAAGGUCAAAGGGCAGGUUGUUGCCUGUGUGUACGGCUGUGAGGCUAUUGUGGACACUGGCACCUCACUGCUUGUUGGAGAUUCCAACAAUAUUAACAACAUUCUGGCUUGGGUUGGAAUCUACAAGGAUCAGAAUGGGCAGUACUCUGUGAACUGCAACAACAUUGGCUCAAUGCCUGAUGUGACCUUCGUCAUCAAUGGAGUUGAAUUCGCCCUCCCUGCUUCUGCCUAUGUAAUGCAGACCAGCUAUUGUUGCUCAUCUGGCUUCAGUCCCAGCAAUGACCAGCUCUGGAUCCUGGGUGAUGUCUUCAUCCGGGAAUGGUACUCCAUCUUCGAUAGAGCCAACAACAUGGUUGGUCUGGCCAAAGCUGUUUAAGCCAAUCAUCCUCAUAGCAUAACAUCAAAAAUAUAUGACCAUUGAUGGCUUCACAAAUUAGACAAAUAUUUUAUCUUUGGAUUAUUCUUUCAGAAUAUCAGUGAACAUCAAAGGGACUGCAUCCUAUACCCAGUUUAAACAGUGUUAACAUUACUUUCCUCAUGAGAUCAGUCAUGUGCUACUGUAGGUGUUCCUUUAGUCAGUAGCUAGUUCUAGUUUUUGUUUCUUAAUAAAAAUGAUUAUCUACAUUUUUAAGACAAAAGAAGCUUGUAGAUUAGUAACACACACAUUAGAGUAGGUUAUCUCUUAAUUUGAAGGCUGGUUGAUAAAAAUCAACAACUUAUUGUAACUUAAGGUGAUCACU